AUGCCCGCCUUCUACAGGACCACCCCUACGGAUGGGCACUAUAUAAGAAAUUUACCACUGAUGAACUGUAUCCCGGCUGCUGCGGAUACUUCGACUCGAACGGUGACUGGCAUUUCAUUGUUGACCUUACCGCUGGGAAAGACCUUGUCACCUCGAGAGGACGGACAGCACCCGAUGAUGAACUUGUCUCAAGCAGGCAUGAGAAGCCAUCUAGCUUGGAUAUGGGGGCCGAAAAAGUCCAGAUCCGUGAUCUCCCGUGAGUUAGGCGGUGAAGUCGCGGCCAACAUAUUAUCGCCAAUCUCACCGUCACCCAAGAUGGUGUUCAUCUGUGAGAAGGACGAAGGUGCGGUUCUCACGAUCCAAAAUCCUGUCUUGAGACACCGUGUCUGUGACGAGUCGGCUACCUUGAAAUGGGUCAAAGAGAACAGGGUCGAGAUGUUAAGGCGGCACAGGAAGAUCGUCGAACAACAUGGAAUCUGGGUUGUGAACAAGACGUAUACCACGACUCGAAGUGGCGUUGUCGUUAUGUUCUCCAACUCUUCCACUGUCGAGAUUGGCAUCGGGGCUGCGGCUCCGGGCAUGGUGACACUGACACCGUUGAGCUCAUGGACCUCCGGCAAAGGUGAUCUCGCGACAGAGGUUCAUGACGACAGCAAUGGCGUUGUGGUGUUCAUGAGUGGGGUAUACUUUUCCAAAAAGCGACUGAGGGCUGAAUUGAAACCAGUGGUGGGAACAAAUGCCCAAAACGGUAAAUUAUUCCGUGGAGGUUAUGUUGAGCCGGAUAGUGAUGAAUCUGAAAGCGAGAAUGAGUGUAACGGGUUCAGGAUACUAGUUGUAUAA